UGGCUUUUAUCCUGGUCAUGGAGGAAUAGAGGCGUACUGGGGGGUUUACGCCCAUAUAACCAAAGUUAGAGCUGUUUCUGUUCACUCUGCACAAAGUUAAACACAUUUCCAGUAGGUAUUGGAAUCUUUCAGGGUUGUCCCUUGACUUUUGCCUAAGGCAGAUAGAAAUACAGGCUAGGGGCCGACAAUUAGAUUGCAGAUGGCGACUGUUCGAUGGUGUUUAUGUACAGUAACUACCCCAUCUCUAUAUCUGUUGUCUAUAACCGACCCUUAAACCUUCACUGACCCCCCAUUUUGUAAUGACACCCUUUCUUGGAUAUGUUGAACCAGUGACAGGACUCUCUCCAGUCAUCUUGACAACUCAGGGCGGCUGUAGCUCAGCGGGUAGAGCAGGUCGACUAGUGAUCGGAAGGUUCCUGGUUCAAACAUCAGCUCCAGGCAGGGCUGAGCUGCAUAUGUCCUUGAACCCCACAUUGCUCAUCAGUGAGGGCCCUGCGAUGAGCUGGCUUCUUGUCCAGGCAGUACCCUGCCCUCGCCCUGAGACAAGGCUGGGAUUGGCUCCAGCAGCAACACCUUGGAAAGGGAUAAGCGGCUAUGGACAAAGACAUGACAUGCUGACGGGAAUGAUCUCAAUCACUUUAAGAGUGAAACACAGCUGCCAGUGGAUGCUGUUCACUAACCUACCACAUGACCAACAACAGACAUUAAAAAAAAAUCACAUAAAAUUCAAGUAAUGAAUUGUCAGUUUGAGGGAACAAAUUACAAAUCUGUGCACACAAUAUAGCAACAACUCUAACACUGAGACAUUCAGGCUCCGUUUGUUCCCUUUUGCCUUCUUGGGAACAACUUUGAAGUUUUCUUGACUUUGUUGGUGUUUUGAUUGCAUGACACUGUGGUGACUUUCAGUCCAGCAUUCUCUGUCUCUUCGUCCAAUGGUAGCAUCAGACGGAGGAUAUUAAAGUGCUGAUUCAGUGUUCAGUAGGGACAGGUGGAUGGAGGAGAGUCAGUGGCUGACAUUAACCUGCAGACGGGUCACAUUCAGUCAUGAACUCCCGGACAGCACCAAGUAGAAGCUGCUGAUAUCUACAGAGCUGAACUGUGAGCAGCUCGUCAUGUUUGAGUCCAGAUAGGUUUAGACAUUUUCUUUACUGUAAUACAUUUAGAUUCUCAUGAUUUUCUCUGUUUAAUUGAACCUGAUACAUGUUCUGACUGAAGUGGCUGAAUCCCAUGAAUUAAUCCCAUUCUGUUUUCAGUGUGUUGUCCGUUGUGUCUUCAGUGUGAAACCAAACCCCUGAGGAGAGAUGAGCCAGCUCUGCUAUAUGUCAGUUUUCAGGCUGAUUCAACUGAAGCUCUAAAGAGGGAGGAUUUCUGAGGAGGGAAGAUGGAGAACGUCUCCUCACACAAACACUUCAUUCUCGAUGGUUUCAGUGAACUCGGAGCACUGAGGCCCGUCCUCUUCAUCCCCUUCUUCAUCAUGUUCAUUGUGUCACUGUCGGCCAACUCCCUGCUGCUGUACGUUGUCAUUUCACAGAGGAGCCUCCACUCUCCAAUGUGCAUCCUCAUGGCCGGGAUGGCGGUUGUGGACGUGAGCUACCCGCUGUUCUUUGUCCCCAACAUGCUGCUGAGCUUCUUGUUUGGCUGGAGGGGAAUCUCUCUGACUGGCUGCCUGGUUCAGAUGCACUUCAUUCACUUUAUUGCAUCUUUUCAUUCUACGUUUCUUGUAUGGAUGGCACUGGACCGCUACUUUGCCAUCUGCACACCACUCUACUAUCAUGAGCACAUGGCUUUACCCAAAUUCCUCAAGUUUAUAAUCCCACUUGUAGUCAGAAAUAUCUUCUUGGUCACACUGUUUGUGAGUCUGGCUGGAACUUUGUCAUUCUGUGCUGGAAAUGUGAUGAACCACUGUUUCUGUGAGCACAUGGCCUUGGUGGAGCUGGCCUGUGGAAGUACAGCCAUCAACAACCUGGUGGGGUUACUGACAAUUUUCCUCAAUCCAGUUGCAGACUUUAUCUUUAUUACUGCCUCCUAUGUGGUGAUAUUCAGCUCUGUGCUCAAAUCUGGCAGGUCAGGGGUCAAAGCACUUCACACCUGCAUCACCCACAUCGUGGUCAUGAUCGUAAGCCUGACUGUCGCUCUUGUCGCUCUCCUGUCGUACCGGAUCAGUAACGGUCUUCCUGCAGGUGUUCGUGUUUUCUGCAGCAUCAUGUAUCUGCUGUUCCCGAGUUGUUUCAACCCGAUCAUUUACGGUAUCAGAACCACCGAAAUCCGACAGCACAUCCUGAAGAUGCUAAUGUGCAGUCGCUUUGUCCAGAUUGUGCCCCAUUCUUAAGAACUGAUUUAUCUUUGUAUAGUCUCUGUAACUUACUUAGCCUGUUUCCAUGAGAAAAGCAAAAUAUAAUAAUAAUAAUAAUAAUAAUAAUAAUAAUAAUAAUAAGAAGAAGAAGAAGAAGAAGAAGAAGAAUGGAAAUCAAAGAAAUCUUGAGCCAGACCUGCCAGGGGCACUCGCCAGGAAUCUGGUGGCCAGGCCUGAUUCAGUGGGGCUGGGCACUGCUACGGAUUGUUGCUGAUACACAUCCACACAACCAAGGAGGGUCAACGCCAUUCA